AUGUGUUCCUUUGUACACAAACGAGAUCCGGGAGCUGCCUGCGUGCCUGUACCAUUCCGCAAGCGCUCAGGAAAACAGUGCAGCGGAAAAGGAAUUCAGCUUGGUGAAAACUACUUUCGGGAACUUCGCUUUUUACUUGAAAGGACAUAAUAUUGAAGGCAAGAGAAGGGAACCGGCAAAGCAAUUCCGUCUUCAAAGAGAAGAUGGCAUUGGUAAAUGACUCCCGCCUCCAGCAGCAGCCCACUCAGAAGGAUGCGGCUGACCAAAACUUUGACUACAUGUUCAAGCUGCUGAUCAUUGGCAACAGCAGUGUGGGAAAGACCAGCUUCCUUUUCCGCUAUGCUGAUGACUCCUUCACCCCAGCCUUCGUGUCAACUGUGGGCAUAGAUUUUAAGGUCAAGACUGUGUUUCGCAAUGAUAAGAGGAUAAAGCUACAGAUAUGGGACACAGCCGGACAGGAGCGAUACCGGACCAUCACCACCGCCUACUACAGAGGAGCCAUGGGAUUCCUGCUCAUGUAUGACAUCACCAACCAGGACUCUUUCAACGCAGUUCAGGACUGGGCAACCCAGAUUAAGACAUACUCCUGGGACAACGCACAGGUGAUCCUGGUGGGAAACAAGUGUGACCUAGAGGAUGACCGGCUAGUCCCCACAGAGGACAGCCAGAGACUGGCCGAAGACCUGGGGUUCCAGUUCUUUGAAGCCAGCGCCAAGGAUAACAUCAACGUGAAGCAGGUGUUUGAGCGGCUGGUAGACGUCAUCUGUGAGAAGAUGAACGAGAGCAUGGAUGGAGAUGCCAACCUGAUGUCCAACCAUAGGGGCAUUGCUUUACAGGACGCCCCUCCAGAGAACCAUGGGGGCUGUGGCUGCUAAACCCCACUAAACUCCCCCUAACAGCCACACACCAAACCCUCUCACUGUGGGUGGAAAACACCCCACCUGUCACCCCACACUCCCCUUUAUAACCACACACCAAACCCUCUCACUGUGGUUGGGAAACACCUGACCUGUCACCCCACACUCCCCUUUAUAACCACACACCAAACCCUCUCACUGUGGGUGGGAAACACAUGACCUGUCACCUCACACUCCCCUCUAUAACCACACACACCAAACCCUCUCACUGUGGGUGUAAAACACCCCACCUGUCACCCCACAGUCCAGCCUUUCACUCCUAACAUAGCCACUAUAGUGUAAACUAUGGAGCAGGCAGCAGAGAUUACCAUGGAGUUCUCUCACAUCUGUCCAUCCAGUACUGUCCCACUAUACACCCCCUGCCCCCACUGAGUCCCCCAGUCAACUGCCUCUAUCGCAGGGAGAAUCCACCGAAACAGCUUUUAUUUAAUGGCUUUAAUUUUAGAAAAAUAAAUCUGGUUCCCUUUGCUGAAAUCAAAACUCUGUAAUUUCCGCCCUUGGUUUUGAAAGUUGUCUACGUAUCGAAACAUGUUUACAUUUUCUGUGUACUUUAUCAUCCAUUUGUGAACUGGGUCACAUUCUGUAUGAGUUACGCUCUUCAAAAAACUACUUAUUUUUUGGUUGUUUCAAUUCCUAUUAUAUUUUUUUUAUCCAAUGGAUGCUUAAGAUUCUGGUGUGCAUCUUUUGACAAAAGCCAUGUAAGUGUUUGAGAGCUCAAAUUAAACAAAAAAACAUAAACUCCACAACAAACAUCUUAGAGACCAUUUAAAAAAUGCUUAGGGUGAUGAAUUUGAACUCGCCAAUCAGCUGUCAGACUACAUCCACACAAUUCUGUCACCAAAAAUCUGCUUUUUAACAUACUUAAUAAAAAAUAAAUGGAAGGAAAAAUACUCUGAGCAGUUACAUUAUAACCUCAGUAAAGUUUGCCAGUGGCUACCACAAUGACGUGUGCUGUCCGGGGUUGUGAAGGAGGACCAAAGAUUUCUAAAGACAUCUUAAACAGCACCAAGACAGACACCGGUCAAAAUAAAGGAAACACCAACAUAUUGUGUUAAUAGAUCUUGGCCAGCACAAGCUGACUGAACAGAUUCAGCAUGCAAUAGCACAUAUUCUACAAGUGUCUGAACUAUUUUGGCUGGUUGUGGAACCAUUCUUCCAUGACAUAUAAUAUAGAAUUUUUUGUGGAUGGUGGCGAAUAAUUCUGUCUCAGAUGACACCAUGUCAUAUCAUGACACAUUAGCAAGUAUUUAUCACUUUAGUUCCAGCAAAAAGAGUCAGUUGGGCCUGCCCAAUAUCUAUAUACAUGACCCUGAGCAUAAUGGGAUGUUCAUUGCACACCUGUGUGGAAGCACCUGGUUUCAGUGACCUGUGUGUUCCUCACUUAAAUAUUUCCAUUAUUUGGGCAGCUAACUGUAUGUUUCUUACUACUGUUUAUGUACUAAUUUGGAAACCUUCCAGAUGGAGCUGUUUCUAAUGAAUCAAUGAGAUUAUCCAAUCACAGCCAUUCUGUUGCUUUGGCCUUUUUCUACCUUAUGUACAUGAUCAUUUGUACCAUUUCUUUAAUCCCCUUCUCUGUUUUGCUUGCCAUUUAACCAUGUCUUAAAAAUAAUAGUACACUACUAGUUAUUUAACCACUGCCAUACUGCUUACAGGAAAUGGAAGAAAGGGGGAAAAGUUAAAGUAUGAUAUAUCCUGUUUCUAACAAUGUUAGAGCAAUAUUGGGUUUAUCUGUGCUCUGCAAGGAAGUCGUAUAACACAAGUAACACUGACGCAGGUCAUCUGACCGACAUGUCCUAUCUAAUCCCCCCGAGCCACACGUCCUUUGUGUUCUACUGCCCUAACCUGACCGCACAAGGCUUUUCAACCCCAUGUCCUGUAACCUGAAUUGUUGUGAAAUAAAAUGUGUCAGUAUAAACUGCC